GCGCGAAAAUCGCCAAUAAACCCUAAAUUAUCCUAAACCGCCGGUUCAUCUUCUUCUUCUUCUUCCUCCACCACACCCAAACUCUCUCAUAAACCCUUUUCUCUCUUCUCCUCUUAAGAUUCUGAUUUCAAUGACGAUUCUUCGAUCUCGCGAAAUCUCAUCAUCGGUCUCAGCCAAGCCACUCCCUAAGCAAUCAGAUAUCGAUCCCUUAACUCCUUGUCGUACACAAGAGCCCGAUGUUCACCGUUCGCCGGAUGAGAUCGCUUCCGAAUCAGGUCCUGUUGGCGAUGGCGAUGGCGAAACCACCGCUCACACUAACCGGAGGCGUAGUCUUCGUCUGAGCAACGGCGAUGAAUGUUUUACCGAUGAAGCGGUUAGUGUUUGUGGUGAGAAUGUGGAUGAUAAGUUUUUGAGUUUAAGGUCUGGGAAGAGAGUUGCUAAGAGGUCUGUUGAUCGUGGAAUUGAAAUUGAGUCUAGGAAAUUUGAUUUUGGUAGUGGAUUGAGUUUAGAUAGUGGGAGUAAACGCAAGAGGGUUAGUGUUGAUUUGGUUGGAGAUGAUGUUGUGAGAAAGGAAUUAGGGAGUAGUGGGAUUUGUGGAGUGGUUAAUGUAGAUAUCAAACUUGAUUCACAGUCGAGAAGAAUGGUUAAUGAGGAGAAGGGAGAGACAGUGAUGGAAUGUAGUAGUGGUAAUGGCGUGUUAGCGGAGAGUUCUGUCGAAGUUGUGGUUGAAGAAAAUGAGAGAAAGGACAAAGGAAAGGGUGUAUUGGAUGAUUCCUCUGGAUUCAAUGAUGUGCCGGUGAUUCCAAGUAGCUCUAUGGGUAGUAGAAGAAUAUAUACUCGGGAGGAGAAGGGAAAGGGUAUUCAGGUGGAGAAUGUUGCUUCUCCUAUCACGAUUGAGAUUUGUGAAGAAGAAAUGGAAAUGGAGAACUUGAUUAACGAUGGGAAUCCCCCGACCCCGGAUGCCUCUGUACCAGAAUCGUCUGCGAUGACAGUUAAUGCAGAGCAAACGCAGAAUCAGAAUGGUAAUCAAAUUGGGAAUGGCGGGAGAUCUCGGCACUUUCGUGACAUUGCCAGGAGAAAUGCUUCCAGAUUUGCUUAUUAUGAUGCUCGAAUGGAGGAAGAAGAGGACUUGUCAGAUAGAGAGGGUGAACAACAGGUCGAAGAUUGGCCUGGCCCUUUCUCUACUGCCAUGAAAAUCAUUAAGGACCGGGAAGAAAACUCGACUUCGUAUUUUGGUAUUGGUGUCUCCAACAAAGAAAAAUCUUCAUUAACUAUUUGGGUUCCUAGGAUAAACUUUAGUGUUGCACCUCGGAAGGCUCCAUCUCUGCAAGAACUAUCCUUGCAAAUUCUUGUCAAGAAUGCGGAUGCCAUCACUUCGCUUGACUAUGUUCCAGACGCACUAAGGGUUAAACUUUGUCAAUUGCUUUGUGAUUCGAGGAGAAUGGAUGUACACUUUCUUGAUCUUCUUGUCCGUGGAUCUCCAACAGAAAUUUGUGUUCCAGAUUGUUCAUGGCUGACUGAGGAGCAAUUUACUGAAUGCUUUAAGAACUGUGACACCAGCAAUUUGAUGGUUCUUCAACUCGACCAAUGUGGACGUUGUAUGCCAGAUUAUGUAUUACACUCAACCUUAGCUAGGUCACCAAAACAGUUGCCGAUGCUAUCGUCUUUAUCUUUAAGUGGUGCAUGCCGGCUCUCUGAUGCGGGGCUAAAGACACUCGUUUCUUCUGCUCCUGCAAUUACAUCUAUUAAUCUCAACCAAUGCUCCCUUCUAACAUCAUCUAGCAUUGAUAUGUUAUCUGAUUCAUUGGGGUCAGUUUUAAGAGAACUGUAUAUCAAUGAGUGCCAAAGCAUUGAUGUGAAGCGUAUUCUCUCAGCACUGAAAAAGUUUGAGAAGUUGGAAAUAUUGUCCCUUGCAGAUCUUCCUUCAGUCAAGGGUCAGUUCUUGAAGGAGUUUGUUACUGCUAGAGGACAAACCCUGAAGCAGCUAAUUUUGACCAACUCUGGGAGAUUAACUGAUUCUUCUAUUAAAGUCAUCUCUGAAAAUUGCCCCAAUUUAAGCGUGCUUGACCUGGCUAACAUAUGUAAACUGACGGAUUCUUCUCUGGGUUACCUUGCAAAUGGCUGUCAAGCUCUGGAGAAAUUGAUUUUUUGUCGCAACACCUUCAGUGAUGAAGCUGUAGCUGCAUUUAUAGAAACCGCAGGCGGUUGUCUGAAUGAGCUAUCACUAAACAAUGUUAAGAAGGUUGGCCACAACACAGCCGUAGCAAUUGCCAAACAUUCAACAAAGCUGCAGAUCUUGGAUGUAUCCUGGUGCCGAGAUAUGUCAGACGAUUUACUAGGCUACAUUGUCGAUAACUGUUCAUCUCUGAAAGUGUUGAAGGUCUUUGGAUGCACUCAGGUGACGGAUGUAUUCGUUAAUGGUCAUUCAAACCCUACAGUCAAGAUCUUAGGUUUGAAGAUGGUUCCCUUCUUAGGCCACCUUACAAAGAACCUUGCUGAUAGCUGAAACAAACCUCAACAUCUCCCUCUGCUUUGUACUUAAUACUUCUCUCUGCUUUGUUUGAUUUUGGAGAAGAGCAGAGACGAUUUUACUAAUUGUCCAAACAUGUGUUUUUUCUUUGACUUUUUAAUCUAGUAUUUAUUAAAUCCGCAAGAUCAAAAAUCUUAAUUUUACUUC